GAUGAAACAAUUGGUUUUUUGACAGCAGGUGGUUGGUGCAUACAAGUGUGUUUGUAGCAGUUGUGGUGUUAUCUUGGUGUUCAAGAUUUGCGUUUCCUUCUCUAAUAUGUUGUUGUGUUCCAAACUAUUGAAGUAUCACGGACCCUCCGGCGACCAACAGAAGGACUUGUUGCACGAUAUCAUUGCUUAUUAUGUAGAACUUGGCAAUCCUUGGCCACCUUAUCAACACUCUCAAAUACUCUCUCAUAUUGGCCCAAUACCUAUCGAAAACCUAUUGGUAGACUUAUUUCGACAAGUCUAUCUUUUGAGAGGUGGUUAUAUGAUGGUUUGUCGCAAUCAGUCUUGGCAACAAGUUCAACAUGCACUUUGUAUUCCGAAAAGUCCAACAUCCAACACUUUGUUUUUGGAAACCAUCUAUCGAGUCAUUUUAUUAUCUUACGAAAGAGAAAGACGACGUUUAGAAACCGGUGAGACCAGACAGCGUCAAGACAUAGGAAACCCUCAUGACUGGAUAGGUUGGAGUAUCAAACUUCAACUUAUAUUACAUGACUUGAGUGGGUCGAAUGGGAUAUGGUUAUGGGGAACCGUGAUAGCUUUUCGUGCAACGCUUCAAGAACAUAUCAUUUUAUUGGAUAUUGGUAGAUGGAUAUCUGUGCACUUGGAUGAUGUUGUUGUGGAACUGGGUACAUUAGACCAUGCUCUAUUCAACGCCUUAUCCCAUAUUCAAGUGUCACAAGUCGGUGAGAUGGACCACAACGACUGCUCAUCGAAUGGAAUGCUUUUCCUAGAAAGCAAUGGCCCUUCGAACGCACCCUCUAGUAAAUUGCCCCUUUCUUCCAUGGCGUUGAUGAGCAAUGAAGUAUUUACUGGCGUUGCUUCUCCCGUAGAGGAUCACUUAUUUAUAGAAUAUGAUCUAUCUCCUCAAUUGUAUCAUUUUGAGACAGGUAGAAAAAUUUCAGAGUUGGCACGUUCUUGGACGGAACCUUGUCGAAAACGAUGUAUGAAGGACCUACCCCCUGUCAUAAGCAAGUACAGCAUGCUUAUUAUUCGUUGUAUAUGUGGUUGUCAUGUGGAUAAUGGAGACAUGAUUUGCUGCUCACAAUGUCGAGUAUGGUCGCAUAAACGAUGUGUGGGUUGGGAAAACAUCACGAAUGAAGAUACAUUGCAUACCUUUCGAUGCUUCUUAUGUGACUCAUUGGUUGUUCCACAGAGCAAACUAGUACAAUCUGUUAUUCAAGCAGUUGAAGGUGUUCGCAAGCAGUCCAAAUGGUCAGAUAUUCAAGAACGCAUCCAACAAGGAGACUUUUGGGAUCAACAGUAUGAGGAUUCUUCAUCGCAUUCAUCCACAGAAAAAGCUCAUUCAUUUUCGGAAGAAAAUGCUCAUCGUUAUUCCUCUACUAUUCAAGGGUGGAGGUCGACCAAGCGGUUGAAGAACAAUGUUCGCGAAAUAGCCAAAGGUCAUAAACGUGCAAGAGUCCAAGCUCCACCUUUUCUACGCAAAGAAGAUGAGGAGAAACAAUUUUAUAAAGCGUUUUUGCAGUUUUGGAAGAUGAAAGGGAAACCUCUGCAGAAGAUUCCCAUGUUCCGUGGGAAACCGUUUGACUUUUAUGCUCUUCACGUGGGAGUUCGUGAUCGUGGUGGAGAAGAAGCUAGUCAACCGAUCAUUCGUUUCAAUUGCGGAGAUAUUACGAGAUGUAUUUGAAAGAUUUUGCCAAUUGGGAAAAGAGACCGAAAGAAGAGAAGAAAGAAAACUCAAUACAC